AUGCGUCUUUAUUGUCUAUCAGAUGAUCCAAAUCUCCCAUGUUUUAUAUUAACUGUGAAUGGUCGUUCAAUACUUCUCGAUUUUCCUCUACCAACUGAUCAUUUACUUGAUUAUUUACCUGUUCCAUCACCUGGUUGUCUAAAUCAUUUUUCAUUAUUACCAAAAUAUACAUUAUUAUCACAUAAUAAAGAAAAUAAUCUUCCACAACAAAUAGAUGAAUUACGUAUUUCACAUAAUCAAAUCUAUGUUUAUUCUCCUAUUGAAUUUUAUACAUUAGAUUCUAAUCAAUAUGAUUUUUCAUUAAUUGAUAUAAUACUUAUAUCAAAUUAUGAAACAUUUCUUGCUUUACCAUAUUUAUAUAAAAAAUAUAAAAAUUUAAAUGCACAAAUUUAUUUAACUGAACCAACAUAUCGUUUUGGUCAACAACUUAUGUAUGAAUUAGUAAAUUAUGUUGAACAACAAUCAAAAAUGAUUCAAAUUAAUAAUGAAUGGAGAUAUGAUUCAUCGAUAUUUGAUGCUAUUGAAAGUCAACAAAAUGAAAAAAAAUUAAAAAUAUUGUCUUUUGCACAAAAAUUAAUGCCUUGUUAUUCAAUUGAAAAUGUUGAUAAAUGUUUACGUCAUACAACUGUUGUACAUUAUAAUGAACAAAUCGAUUUGUAUAGUUCAAUACGAGCAAGUGCAAUCAGUUCAGGAUAUUGUUUAGGUAGCUGUAAUUGGCAAUUAGAUAUCAAUGUCAAUCAUAAUCAAACAUCAAAAAUAGAAAGUUCAUCUUCUCAAACAAAUCUAUCACGUUUUAUUUAUAUGUCAUCAAGUACAACUCUUGAAACUUAUUCAUCAAAAUUUCUCUAUGAUUCAUUUCAAAAUUGUGAUUAUUUACUUUUAACUAAUUUAUCUCGUAUAUCAUCUAUUGAUGUAAGUUCAAACGCAAGUGAAUUAACUGCAAAAAUUGAAAAUAUUCUUAAUGAUCAUGGUAGUGUUUUAAUACCAUGUUCAUCAACUGGUCUUAUUUAUGAUAUGUUUGAAUUUUUUACAAAAUAUUUCGAACAAAUUAAUCUUUUAAAUAUUCAUAUGUAUUUUAUAUCUCCAAUAAGUAAUGCAAAUCUAUCAAUAUCAAAUGCUAUGUCAGAAUGGGUUAAUGAACAACGACAAGUAGCAUCAUUCAGUGGUACACCACCAUUUAAACAUAAUGAAUUAAUAAAAAGUAAAUGUUUAAUAACAAUUCCAUCGGAUCGUUUAGAUGAUACAGAAACAUUAAUUAAUUUCGAACAACCAUCUAUUAUAUUUACUGGACAUACAUCAUUACGUUUCGGUCCAAUUGUACAAUUAAUUGAAAAAAUGAAAAUUUCAUCAUCAAAUGGUAUUAUAUUUGUUGAUAAUCAAUAUUCCUAUAUUGAUGCAUUAAAACCUUAUCAACCAAUAAAUAUGAAGUGUUUCUAUGUACCUAUUGAUACACGUUUAAAUAAUUCACAAAUAAAUAUUUUAUUAAAUGAUAAAAUUCGACCAAAAUCAGUUAUUUUACAUGAACAAUAUGCAAAUGAUAUAGGUAAAAAUGACAAAUUUAAUGUAUUAACAUAUAGAAAAUAUGAUAAUAUAAAAUUACCAAAAAUAAAUCGUCAAUUUAUAAAUGGACAAUUGAAUAUUAAAAAUGAUAUUAAAGCAAAAUUAAUUUCAUCAACAAAUAUUGCUAUUGCAAAUAUUCGUGGACAUUUAGAUAUGUGUGAUUAUGUAUAUGAUAUUAAUGAAAUUAAUGAUGAAAAUGCAAAACAAAAAGAUUUUAUAACUUAUGGAAGAGUUGAUAUUGAUAAAUUUUUAAUUAAUCUUUCUAAAAGUGGUUUAUUUGGUUUAGAAGUUAAACAAUUACAUGAAUAUAAUGAUGAUUUAGAUAAUAAUGAACAAUUAAAUCGAUCUGUUGAAAUAAAAUAUAAUCAAGGUGCAGCCAAAAUUCUUGUUCGACCAAAACAAACAGAUAUUGAAUGUAAUGAUCCAGCAUUAAUGACAAAAAUUCGUGAUGCUUUAUUAAUGGAUAAUAUAGGAACAUUGUGA